AUGGGGAAUUUAUCUCCAGAGCGAGUAAAUCCCAACCCUGUAUUUUCUAACACAGGUGUAGACUUUUGCGGUCCAUUUUUCAUAAGGUACAAAAAUCAAAGAAAGGGUAAUUUACAUAAGGUGUAUGUAGCUAUUUUCGUUUGCCUAGUUACUAAGGCUAUACAUCUUGAAAUAGUUUUUGACUUGACAUCACAAGCAUUUAUUGCUUGCUUGAAAAGAUUCUUCUCACGUCGAGGGAAAUGCUCAACUUUAUUUAGUGAUAAUAGUAAAACCUUUAUAGGAGCCAACAAAGAAUUGAAAAAACUCGCUUCACUUGUUAAUUUUCCUGAUGAAAAUUUAUCAAGGUUUUUGGCAAUGGAAAAUAUCUCCUGGAAAUUUCUUCCCCCUCGGGCCCCUAAUUUCGGAGGACUCUGGGAGUCUGGAGUUAAGUCCUUCAAGCAUCAUCUAAAAAGAACUGUUGCUGAUGCAAAAUUAUUUUAUGAGGAGUUUUUAACUGUUAUUACUCAAAUAGAAGGCAUCCUAAACUCAAGACCUAUCUCACCUUUAUCUUCCGAUGCUUCGGAUUUAGAACCAUUAACUCCAGGCCAUUUUUUAAUAGGCAGGCCCAUAAAUUCUAUCCCAGAGCCUUCAGUAAUAAAUGAACUAGACAGUAAAUUAACCCGUUGGCAAAGACUGACAAAAAUAGUAGAACAAAUCUGGAAACGCUGGUCGAUUGACUAUCUAAAUCAUUUGCAAGACCGAAAAAAAUGGCGAUUUUCAAAAAAUAAUAUUAAGGAAAAUGAUAUGGUUAUACUAAAGGAGGAUAACCUUCCACCUUUUAAAUGGUGUCUUGGAAGAAUAAGCCAAGUUAUUCCCGGACAGGACGGCACAAUUCGUGUUGUAAUUGUCAAAACUAAAAAUGGUCAUUUUAAAAGACCAAUAUCUAAAAUUUGCCUCCUACCCAUUCAGACUUGA